CCACCAUCACACUUCACUCCCAUGCAAGUGCAGACCUCCCAAUGCGAGGAUGCCUGCAGUUAGCCAGGUGGCUGAGCGCAGCGCCAAAGGGUUCUGCUGCUAGCCUACUCCAGCCGCCAUUCGGCCUUUCUUCCUCCGUUCGGUUUUUCGCCAACUCCGCAUCACGCUCCGCCAGAGGCUCCACUGUCCAUAAAUCGGAUCUCGAGAACAGAAUCGCCGCUAUACCGAUCGAUCGAUACCGCAAUUUUUGCAUCGUUGCCCACGUCGACCAUGGAAAGAGCACGUUGUCCGACCGGUUGCUGGAAUUGACGGGUACGAUCCAACCUGGGAGUAAUAAGCAGGUGCUGGACAAGCUCGAUGUGGAACGGGAACGUGGUAUCACGGUCAAGGCGCAGACAUGUACGAUGAUCUAUAACCAUGAGGGGGAGGAUUACCUGCUCCAUCUUGUUGAUACCCCGGGCCAUGUGGACUUCCGUGCGGAGGUCUCGCGCAGUUACGCCAGUUGCGGAGGCGCCUUGCUCUUGGUUGAUGCCAGUCAGGGCAUCCAGGCGCAAACCGUUGCCAACUUCUAUCUCGCUUUCUCGCAAGGUCUGGAGUUGAUCCCUGUCAUCAACAAAGUGGAUCUGCCCUCGGCCGAGCCCCAGCGUGCUCUGGAGCAGAUGAAGCAUUCUUUUGAACUGGACACGGAGAGCGCAGUGUUGGUCUCGGCUAAGACUGGCCUCAACGUGGAGCAGCUGCUUCCUACAGUUGUCGAUAAGAUUCCAGCCCCUGUCGGUGACUUCACCAAGCCCCUGCGUAUGCUCCUCGUCGAUUCCUGGUACGAUUCCUACAAGGGUGUUAUCUGCUUGGUCCGUGUGUUCGAUGGCGAGAUCCGAGCGGGAGAUCAGCUUGUUUCUUUCGCUACGGGACUCAAGUAUUACGUCGGCGAAGUCGGCAUCAUGUACCCGAAUGAGACCCCACAGACGGUGCUCCGUGCUGGCCAAGUUGGCUACAUCUACUUCAACCCGGGCAUGAAGCGGAGUAAGGAAGCCAAGAUUGGUGAUACGUACACAAAAGUGGGAUCGGAAAAGCUUGUGGAACCGCUACCGGGUUUUGAAGAACCUAAGUCGAUGGUUUUCGUGGCCGCCUACCCUGUCGAUGCAGAUCAUUUCGAGCACCUGGAGGACAGUAUCAAUCAGCUCAUGUUGAAUGACAGAAGUAUUACAGUGCAGAAGGAGUCCUCGGAGGCUUUGGGUGCCGGUUUCCGCUUGGGCUUCCUGGGAACUCUUCACUGCUCUGUUUUCGAGGAUCGUCUGCGCCAGGAGCACGGAGCCAGUAUUAUCAUCACUCCCCCGUCAGUUCCCGUGAAGAUCGUGUACAAGGACGGCAGAGAGGAGAUCAUCAGUAACCCGGCCAAGUUCCCCGACGACGAAUCAGCACGCGCGAAGGUCCUGGAAUUCCAUGAGCCCUACGUUACGGCCACUCUGACUUUCCCGGAUGAGUACCUAGGAAAGGUCAUCGAACUCUGUGAAAACAACCGUGGAGAGCAGAAGAGCCUCGAGUACUUCACGUCUACUCAGGUUAUUCUUAAAUAUGAACUUCCAUUGGCGCAGUUGGUCGACGACUUCUUCGGUAAGCUCAAGGGUAACACGAAGGGCUAUGCCUCUCUGGAUUACGAAGAGUCGGCCUGGAGACCGAGCAGUAUUGUCAAGCUGCAGCUGUUGGUCAACAAAGCCCCUGUGGAUGCUGUCGCUCGCAUCGUCCACUACAGCCAAGCGGAUCGACUUGGUCGUCAAUGGGUGACGAAAUUCAAGGAGCAUGUGGACCGCCAACUUUUCGAGAUCAUCAUCCAGGCAGCUGUUGGGCGCAAGGUCGUGGCUCGUGAAACCGUGAAGCCCUAUCGGAAGGAUGUCCUGGCCAAGCUUCAUGCUAGUGAUGUCAGUCGACGCCGCAAGCUGUUGGAGAAGCAGAAGGAGGGUCGCAAGAGACUCCGGGCUGUGGGCAAUGUGUCACUGUCAUCUUGCCAUGAUCAUCAUUUGACCACCGUGAUGCAGCCUCCAGAAGGUGUGCAGGUCGACCUGGGCAAGGCCCAGGUCAUUGACCGCGUCCCCAAAGUCAUCAAGGAACUGAAGUUCGGUGUCCUGUCCAACGACGACAUCGUCAGCCAAGGUGUGGUGGAAGUUUCCGACCGGAAAUUCUUCGAUCUCGAACAUGACCGAGCCGUAGUCGCCAAUGGCCCCCUCGACGCGCGCAUGGGUAUUUCGAACAAGACCUCGACAUGCCAAACCUGUGGUGGCGCCCUCCAGGUCUGUAACGGACACUUCGGUCACGUCAGACUCGUCCUGCCUUCCUUCCACGUCGGUUACUUCAAGCGAGUCAUUACCAUUCUCCAGGAAAUCUGCAAAGAAUGCUCCCACAUCCUCCUCCCCGAAGCCGAUCGCCGUGCCUUCCUCCGCGAAAUGCGUCGCCCCGGCCUGGACAACUUGCGACGGAUGCAGAUUGCGAAGCGCAUCAACGAGCGGUGCAAGAAGACCCGCAACUGCGAGCACUGCGGUGCCGUGAACGGUGUGGUCAAGAAGGCCGGUACCAGCGCGCUGAAGAUUACCCACGACAAAUUCCGUGCCUUCAACGCCUCGACUUCCGUCAAGAAGGUGCCCCCGCCCAGCAAGAUUGUCUUUGACCGGUCUUUCGACGAAGCGCGUACAUCAAAUGCCGAGGUCGAAAAGCAUUACAAGAAGGCCCAGGAUGAUAUGAACGCCCUGCGCGUGCUGAACCUGUUUAAGAAAAUUUCCGAUACGGAUUGUGAAUUGCUGGGUCUAGACCCGAAGGAGGCUAGACCAGAGAUGUUUCUCUGGCAGUUCAUCCCUGCUCCUCCAGUCUGUAUCCGUCCCUCCGUUGGUCAAGACGCGGCCUCGACUGAGGACGAUUUGACUGCCAAGUUGGGAGAUAUUGUCCAGAGUAACAUUAACCUCAAGAAUGCGCUGCUGAAGGGUGCGCCAGUGCAGACCAUCAUGGAGUGUUGGGACUACAUGCAGCUGCAGAUUGCCGUGUACAUCAACAGUGACGUUCCGGGUUUGAACAAGGCAGAUUUGGGAAAGCCCAUUCGCGGUUUUGUACAGCGCUUGAAGGGAAAACAGGGUCGUUUCCGUGGUAAUUUGUCUGGAAAGCGUGUCGACUUCUCCGGCCGUACGGUCAUUUCUCCCGAUCCUAACUUGCGCGUCGACGAGGUCGCUGUUCCUGAGCUUGUGGCGAAGAACAUGACCUACCCGGAAGUCGUGACUCGCUACAACAAGGAGAAGCUGCAGCAGAGAGUCCGGAACGGAACGAAGAAGUGGCCUGGAGCGAACUAUAUCACCAAGAAGGGUCAGACGUUCAAGCUUUUCCUCAAGUAUGGUAACUUGAACAUGAUCGCCGACCAGCUCCAGGAGGGAGAUGUUAUCGAGCGUCAUAUUGAGGAUGGUGAUAUUGUUCUGUUCAACCGCCAACCGUCCCUGCACAAACUCAGUAUCCUUUCCCACUUUGCGAAAGUCCGCCCGCACCGGACUUUCCGUCUCAACGAGUGUGUCUGCAACCCUUACAACGCUGAUUUCGACGGUGACGAGAUGAACUUGCACGUUCCCCAGACGGAAGAAGCGCGCGCUGAAGCCAUGGAACUCAUGGGUGUCAAGAACAACUUGGCCACACCCAAGAACGGAGAGCCUAUUAUUUCUGCUAUCCAGGAUUUCAUCAGUGCUGCUUACGUCCUCAGUAGCAAGGACAACUUCUUCGAUCGUCGCUCGUUCACCCAGAUCUGUCUUUACAUGCUUGGUCCUCAAACCCGCUUCGAUCUUCCCCCACCCUCCGUGCUGAAACCCCAGAUGUUGUGGACUGGAAAGCAAGUCUUCAAUAUCCUCAUGCGCCCGAACAAGGAUGACCCAUGCUUGGUCAACCUGGAUGCCGCUUGCAGAGAGUUCAAGAUGCCGAAGGAUGGUAGACCCAAGGAUCUCGACCCCAAGGAUGGUUGGCUCGUCAUUCGUAAUUCCGAGGUCAUGUGUGGUGUGAUGGAUAAGUCCACUAUCGGUUCCGGAAAGAAGGACAACGUGUUCUACAUCAUGCUGAGAGAUUACGGUCCAGCGGCGGCUGCCGAGGGUAUGAACCGCUUGUCAAAAUUGUCGGCCCGUUGGUUUACAAACAUGGGCUUCUCCAUCGGUAUCACCGACGUAUAUCCCAGCGAGAAGCUGUUGCGCUCGAAACACGACUUGGUCGAGACUGCAUACGCAGCCUGUGACGAGGUCAUUGCCAAGUACAAGGCUGGCACACUUGAGAAGUAUCCUGGUUGUGACGAGUUGCAAACCAUGGAGAACCAGCUGUCUGGUAUUCUCAGUAAGGUCCGUCAACAGGCUGGUGACGAGUGUAUCGCUCAACUGAGCAAGUACAACUCUCCUCUGAUCAUGGCCACGUCCGGAUCGAAGGGUUCUAGCAUCAACGUGUCUCAGAUGGUUGCCCUUGUCGGUCAGCAGAUUAUUGGUGGCCAACGUGUGCAGGACGGCUUCCAAGACCGAACCUUGCCUCAUUUCCCGAAGAAUGCCCGUCAGCCUCCAUCGAAGGGUUUCGUGCGGAACAGUUUCUUCUCGGGUCUCACCCCUACGGAGUUCAUCUUCCACGCCAUGUCCGGUCGUGAAGGUCUGGUCGAUACUGCCGUCAAGACGGCCGAAACCGGUUACAUGUCUCGUCGGUUGAUGAAAUCCCUGGAAGAUCUUUCCACCAGGUACGAUGAUACCGUCCGCAACUCGUCCGCAGCGAUUGUCCAGUUCCAGUAUGGUGACGACAAGCUGGAUCCGGUGGAUAUGGAGGGCAAGGCCAAGCCCGUUCACUUUGACCGGACUUUCAUCCAUUCAGAAUCCAUCACUUAUUCGAAUGACGAGCCGAGUCUGCUUCCUGCUGAAAUCAUGGAAGUCUGCGAGGAGAUGCUGUCGAAAGAAUGUGCCAAGCUGGUACGGAAGGAUUUGAUGGGCAACACUCUGGCUUACAUGGACCGCAGUGACCACGGCAUUGACCAAUUUGAGAGUGCCCGUGAUUUCCUCGAGUCCAUCCAGCAGUACGUUGCGACCAAGGCGGACAAGCUGAUUUCUCGCGGUGGUGACAUCGAUCCCUCUGAUGAAAGAAGUCAAAAGGGUCUGAACCACACGGGCAAGCUGACUGAGCGCACCCUGCGGACUUUCAUCACUGAGUGCUUGAUGAAGUACAAGAAGGCUCAGGUUGAAGCCGGCCAUGCUGUUGGUGCCGUCGGUGCGCAGUCUAUCGGUGAGCCCGGUACGCAGAUGACGUUGAAGACUUUCCACUUUGCUGGUGUCGCCGGUAUGAGUAUCACUCAGGGUGUCCCCCGUAUUAAGGAAAUCAUCAACGCCUCCAAGGAGAUCAGUACGCCUGUCGUUGCUUGCGAGCUGGUCACCAAGGACAACAUCAUUGCCGCCCGUAUUGUCAAGGGUCGUAUUGAGCAGACGUAUCUUCGCGACAUUAUCCACUACGUUCGCGAGACAUGGACUGGCAAGGAAGCUUACAUCACCGUCAAGAUCAACUGGAAGACUAUCCAGGAUCUGGCGCUGGAGCUGAAGAUCGAGAACAUUCUGGCUGCGAUCAAGAACCACAAGCGAUUCAAGGCGGACGAUCUCAAGUUCCGAUGCUCGCGCUCACACAUCCACGUCUACAUGGAUGUUGAGCCGUCUAGCAAAGCAUCUCUAUCCAAAACCGAGAUUGCGCACACGAGUGCGGAUCCUUUCCUGCGGUUGAAGCAUCUGAAGCGGAUGCUCCCUGAUAUCCAGGUGCUUGGUCACCCCCAGGCCUACCGUGCGAUUAUCCGAACGGAUGAGACGUCGACCACCAACACCCUUCUGGUGGAAGGCUACGGGUUGAGAGCGUGUAUGACCACGAUGGGUGUAGACGGUCUUCGCACGACUACCAACAACAUCAUGGAGACGCGCGAAGUGCUCGGUAUUGAAGCGGCCCGGUCGACGAUCGUCCAGGAAAUCAGCGAGGUCAUGAAGGACAUGGACAUUGAUCCCCGACACAUGCAGCUUCUGGCCGACGUCAUGACCUACAAGGGUGAAGUUCUGGGUAUUACGCGAUUCGGUCUCGCCAAGAUGCGUGACUCGGUCCUGCAGCUGGCGUCCUUCGAAAAGACCGCCGACCAUCUGUUCGAUGCCGGUGGUGCCGGCCGGACGGAUCUGAUCGAGGGUGUGUCCGAGUGUAUCAUCAUGGGCAAGACGGUGUCGCUGGGUACCGGUGCGAUGGAAGUUGUACGCAAGAUGAACUUCUUCGAGGGCCAGAUUGGGCCGAGGAAGACGACGUUCGAAGACGCGUGGACGGAUGUCUACGAGGCACCUCAGGAGCGGGCGCGAGCGAAGCGCAAGGCGCGGGCUUGAGGCCGGGAAGGGGCUUGUAUAAAAGGGAUUUGAUUCUGGACACGGAAAAGUCGGUCGCAUACCAGGCGUUUAGUAGUGUACUGUACAGUCAUGAUUUAGCGAUUACCGCGAGGUAGGCGGCUGUCUUGUAUUUUACGAGCAGACGAAAG